CGUUCUCAUACUUAUCAAAUCCAGCACUUAUAGCCCUUCUCUUGAAGCGAUCUUGCACACUCACACAAUGGCCCUCCUCUCAGCAUAUGCUCUUGCCGUUUCGCUCCUGACGGUCCCCUUGAUCCUUCACUUGUUUAGGAUUGGCAGGAGGGAGACUGGCCUUCCUCCUGGACCAUCCACGCUACCCUUAGUAGGUAACCUCCAUCAGCUGCCACAGCAUGGUAUGCAUCUACAAUUCACCACCUGGGCAAAGGAAUUCGGAGGAAUAUUCUCGUUGAAAUUUGGUUCCGGAACAGUCAUAGUCGCCACUAGCCCUCGCGCUGUUCGUGAGCUUAUUGAUCAGAAGAGCGCGAGCACCUCAGAUCGUCCACCGUCGCAUUUUUCGAAUGUCGUUACAGGCGGAAACAACCUUGGAUUCGCCCGGUACUCGGACUACUGGCGGCGGGGACGCCGUGUCAUGCAUUCAAUGCUUACGAAGAAGGCGUGCAUAAAUCAUUUAAAUAUUCAGCGCGCCGAAGCUUCCCAGUUGAUGUACGAUUACCUUGUUGAGCCUAAGGACUUUGUAGCCCACGGCCAGCGUUACGCCAAUUCGGUGAUCACCUCGAUCCUCGCUGGUACCAGGUCGCCCCACCGCACCAGCCCGCUGGUCACCUCUUUUUUUAAGAUGCAGCACGAGUGGACUAAUCUCCUGGAACCUGGUGCCCACCCCCCGGUCGACAUGGUACCCUUCUUGAAAUAUAUCCCUGGAAAUUGGAAGCAAAUUUGUGCCAAGAUGAAGGCCUCUCAGGAGGGGCUAUACGGUGGACUUAUCGAUGCCUGCGCGAGGCGCGUUGAAAGCGGUAUGCGUAAUGGAUGCUUUUUGGAAGAAGUGCGUGAGAAUAAGGAUGUUGACCGUGGAUUACUGCGAGGGAUGUGUUCCGCUCUCAUGGAAGGCGGUUCCGACUCAACGUCUAUCUAUCUGCAGAGCUUCGUUCUCAUGCUCGUAGCGCAUCCAGACGUCCAGGUAAAGGCUCGCGCGGAGAUAGACUCGGUCGUGGGACUUGAUCGGCUACCUGACAUUGAAGAUAUGGACAAUCUGCCCUACGUGUCGGCUGUGAUCAAAGAAGUCUUGCGCCUUCGACCCAUUACAGCCUUGGGAGCACCUCAUUACAGCACCCAACCUGAAAUCAUUGACGGCUAUAUGAUUCCGAAGGACUCCAUGAUCUUCAUAAAUCAAUGGGGCAUGCUGCAUGACCCAGACUCCUAUGACCAACCAGAUUCAUUCAUCCCCGAGAGAUUUCUGACAUCACCAUUUGGCACAAAGCCUGGGGCGGACGACACGAGUCGGAGUAAAGAUAUUUUCUUCGGCGGUGGAAGGCGCAUCUGCGUUGGCAUGCAUCUCGGACAGAACUCGUUGGCGAUCACGAGCAUGUAUCUCAUUUGGGCGUUCACAUUCUCCAACGCUAUCGAUCCACAGACCAAGAAGCCAAUCCCUGUGGAUAUCAAUGAAUAUGAUAUUAGUCUCAAUACGAUACCAAAACCAUUCAAGUGCGAUAUCCAAGUGAGGAGUGAAGAACACAAAUACGCGAUUGAGCAUGCGUUUGCAGAUGCGCGUCUCGUAUUUGCGCCAUUUGAGCAGGAUUUGAGGAACAUAGGCCAUGUCGGUAUCUAGAUCGGACACCAUUCCAGCGAAGCCUAAGUAGAACAAGUCUGCCAACUAGGACUUUUCACUUAGACUAUAGAAUAUAUCAAAUCUCUUUCUCAAUU